UUUCAUUGGACGAUGAUAAUUAUUAGUUUUUUUAUGAAUACAUUUAUAUUUUAUAUGUUAGUAUGAAAAGUGAAAUAUUUCUAAUUCUGAAACGCCUUGAAGACCGCAAAAUUGUAUUUUGGACAUAUGAGGUAGUAGACUGGUCACGAAAGAAAAUCUUGAAGAGACGGUGGCUCCAUCGUUCUCUUUUAACAUGAUGCUACCCUGUUACUAUAUUCUCCGUAUGUUCGUAAUUCUUGCAAUGAUCCACCUUAUCUGAACAUACAAUUACGAAACAUUCUUACCUUACUCGAAAUGAAUUACCAAUAGAAAACAUUAAUAGAAAUUAAAAAUAAAUUAUUUCAAAAUAAUUUCAUCUAAUCCCAUUUCUUUUGUUAUAUAUUCUGGUUGUAAAUGAAACAAUCGAUAUAAUCAUGAGAAUAACUUUUGCACGCAGCAUGUAGAACUUUCAGGACAUACAAACCCGGCACCCUUCGCCCUUCGACCUUACGCCGGCCUUUUUAAUCCCUAUUCUUAUGGAUGCUCCGUAUUAUGUAAUCAUCCUGUAGACAAUGAAGCCAAAGAAGUGGUGCGUCGUGCGAAGGACACAUGGGUAAAAAAAAUGAAUUUUAUGAAUUUAUAUAUUUGUUUAUGAGGCAAGCGAAGGUAAAGCUUUAUUAUUAUCAGAAGAAAUGGAAAUGAUUCGUGCUAGAUUAUUAGCUGCCGGCAAAAGAGAUGUUACCGUUGAUUCAGGAAAUGUAGAUAUUAAGGAAAUUAACGUUGACGCUAUAACUGUUCCGGAAGAGUUAUUCCGGAAAUACACGGAGACCGAUUCUCGACCUCUUACACCGGCACCUACUCUUGUUAGUGUGCAAGCAGCGACAAUGUCAAGUCGUCCUAUUCAAAACGAUCCUUCAGCAAUUAUAUACAAUCCACGAGAACGCACUACAUUAGUUUUGGAUUUGCGAGCCAAAUCACAGCCCCAAUUGGACAAUGAAACUUUCACUUGGCAUGCAUUGACUUUAGAAGUUCUACCAGUCCCUAGAAAGAGUCAGAUCAUCAGCAGUAAACCGUUAUCUCGACGUCGAUCUUUUGCUUCGGUAACACGUCCAGUACCAUUUGUUCUUCCUUCUUCCUUGAAUGCUGAAACCUGUGAAACGAUCAUAGACAACGAUGUUAACAACAGCAGUGAUGAACCUACGGUUGUACGAAGGCGAGGAAAAAAAUUACGUAAAAGGAAAUGCAGAAGAAAUUCGAUUUAUGGACAACAGACGGAAGUUCGGGAUCCAUUUGAACCACCAGAAACACAGAUCUCGCAAACUGAAAAUGAAUCCAGACGAGCUUCAGUUCAUCCGCUUACUGGUGAUUCUUGUACGGUAGUAUCUUCGGAAAAAGUAAUGGUUUCUUUGGUAGAACAGACGAUGCAUUCCAGUUUUAUACCGAUAGAAAUUCUGAAACAUUUGUGCAGAGAAUUAAAUCGCGAUAAAGUCGAAGCGGAAUUUUCGAUGAAGAGAAAAAUUGCAUUCGAAGAGGCUCUAAGAGUUAAAGGUGAAACUCAUUUCGCUUUGCGUGGAACGCGCCGAACUUCAGUAUCACCGAUGCAGGAUGUACCACGUGUAUUUUCACGACAAACUGCUCGUUUUGAGAUUCUGGAUAGCCAAAGUUUACGUGGAAUCACGGUACUAGUUUAUCUGAGCAGGCACGUCUUCGUGAAUUCCGGAAGAAAGUUAAUAUACAGUCGAACUUUUAUCAGGUUCCACGAGGAAACCUUACAAGGGAGCCGAUACAUUUCCCCAAACGAUGUUCAAGAAGCUCUUCAAGAUGCAAUUGGGAGGACACUGACUGAUGAACAGCAAGCACGUUUCAACAGCUUCCUAGGGAAUAUUUCCGAACCGUUAAACUUUCGAACCUGGUGUGGCGUAUGUGCAGCAGCAGAAAGAUUGUUAUGUCCUCUUCCAACCAAACAAAUUGAUCCUCCUACGUGGUUAGAAAGGCUGGACUUCGAAAUGCUGGAAAGACGACUUGAUUCGAUCAGCGUAGAUUCUCAGUUGGCUCUUCUAUUGAGAGAAAUUCGUAACAGAUAAUAUUAGUCGAUGUUAUAAAUGGAAAAAUUAAAAUAAAAAUGAAGCUUGUUCAUUA